AUGACUCUAAGCAGUGUAACCGCUCAGACCGGAUACCUGGACAACCUGACGGCGGAGGAGGAGGGCAAGCUGCAAGAGGCGUGGAUCCAUAUCCUGCGUCUCUGCGGCGUCGAGGAGAGCGUCAAGCACAAGACGCCCGACCGGACGCGGGAGCUGCAGCAGCACCUCAGCGACAAGUCCGCCGACGUGUUCCGGCGGCGGCUAUGGAGCUUCAUCCUGGCCGACCACCCGGACGUGCUGGUGCUGCGCUUCCUGCGGGCGCGCAAGUGGGACGUCGACGAGGCCAUGGCCAUGCUCGUGUCCGCCGUCAACUGGCGCCACGAGCGGCGGCUCGAGGAGGACAUCGUGGCCAAGGGCGACAGCGUCGGGCUGGCCGCGGCGCGGUCCGCCGACGAGGAGAGCUUCCUGGCCCAGUACCGCUCCGGCAAGGCCUACGUGCGCGGCGCCGACCGCGAGCGCCGCCCCGUCUUCGUCAUCAAGGUCCGCCUGCACGACCCCAAGCUGCAGUCGCCCGAGGCCAUGGAGGCGUUCAUCCUGCACAACAUCGAGACCAUCCGGACCAUGAUCCGGUACCCGGAUGAGAAGGCGUGUCUCAUCUUCGAUCUCACCGGCUUUGGGCUCAAGAACAUGGACUUUCACGUCGUCAAGUUCCUGGUGCAGGUCUUUGAAGCGAGAUACCCCGAGUAUCUGGGCGUGGUGCUCGUUCACAACGCGCCCUUCGUCUUCUGGGGCGUCUGGAAGAUCGUCAGACCGUGGCUCGACCCGGUGAUCGCCUCCAAGAUCAACUUCACCAACAGCAACGCGGAUCUCGCGCGCUUCAUCGAGCAGGAGAACCUGCAGAGCUGCUACGGCGGCAAGGACAGCUGGGAGUACAGCUACAUCGAGCCGGUUGCCGGGGAGAACGAGCGGAUGCAGUCGGAGAAGAAGGCAGACGUCGAGGCGGCACGGGCCGAGCUGGUCCGCCAGUUUGAGCAGCUGUCGGUCGAGUGGGCGUCGUUGGAGCCGAAGUCGGUAGCUUCGGUGCAGAAGGUGGCCGAGAGACGGCACAUGGCCAAGAAGCUGGCCGAGGCCUACUGGGACUUGGAUCCCUACAUUCGAGCCAGAUCGUACUACGACAGAGCCGGCGUGCUUGGCGCUACCGGCGCUGUGGACUACAAGGCGGCACAAUAG